AUGUCGUCUCCACCGCACUACGACGACUACAGCCCUUCCGGAUCUCAAGCUCGUUCUGAGAGAGAAAAUUCCUCUUCUGAUGACCAUAAGUACAAGCGUCGCAGGGUCGAAUUCAGGAGCACCCCUCAUAGACACAUGGCGGAUCCUUCACAGUCCCCUAACAACUCGGCGCCGACAUCAGUCCCAGCCUCAGGAGAUUCCUUCGGCACCAGGUUCCAUGGGAUGCCCCCUUUCAUGUACCGCGGCAUUUUCAUGGAGGAAGAUGCAGCUCUCGAGUACCUUGCAUCAGGCUCCGGCUUUGCUCAAGAUCUGCGUGGCAUCGACUCUCCCUUCACCUACCAGAACUAUCCCCCCACAGGCCAACCUCCACGACCCGUCAAUCUGACCAGCUAUCCGUGUCCACCUGGUCUUCGACAGGAAUCAGGCGUCGACCUUGUUCGACCUCUGCCGGAGAAUAUCUUCCACGACCACAGAGAGUCGGACGAGCGACUGGGAGAAUCGCAAGGCUUCCUGGUAGAGCCUUCUAGGAGUGUGACAGCAGCCGCCUUCGGUUAUUCAGUUGACUGGAGUCAGUCUUCUCCCUUUCCCCCACCGGUACCCGCAAGUACGGCGGUGUCUCCCAGACGAGAACCGCCCAGCUCCGCCGCCGCUAACCCGCAGAAGCCGCCUACCAUGUUGAUCCUCACUCGCGCCACCACGGAGAGUAUCGAAGCCUUGGAAGAACACAAAAAGGAAUGUCCAGCAUGCCAGCUCGAAUUCGAGCAGGAUAACUUCAUGGCCGUCAUUACCUGUUGUGAUACCCCAAUGCACGCUACCUGUCUGUCAGCUUGGGUCAACUCUGUGACAUACUCCAAGAGCAAAGCAUGUAUGAAGUGUCGUAGAACCAUUGAUGCGAGACGCAUGUUGAACAAUGUUGUUCCACCGGUCACUGACAAGUCGUGGGACGAGGGCGUUGAGUUCAACGCACCAGAAUCGCUGAAAGGGGAUGCAAAGAUUGAGCUCAAUGUCAGCGCAAAGCCGGAACGUGCAAGAAUGCGGCGGUUCGGAAACUCGAUGUAUUACCCAAGCUACAGAUCAGUGCGAGCCUCGUUUGCGGUGCCAGACACCCUGAAUCCAGAGACCAGAAACGCGGUCCUCCAACUCCGAGACGAGCAAUUGCGCAUGACGGACGAAAUGCGACAUCGAACUCGGGUGGCCCUUACGGAAUGCAACCGAGCAAAUCAAGACGAUCUCGGCGCGAAUCGGGCACUACUUGAAGCUCAAGUUCGGGGCGAACCUGGGGAUCUCACGCCUCUAAUCAGGAGGUGCGAGAAGACCAAGUUGGCUAGGGAUAAGGCGAGAGAAGCGUACCAGAAGAUCCAGCUGGAGUCGGAGACAAUGGCCCGUACGCAUGCCAAUCGGUUAAGCACCAUGCUUGACGAAUACUGGGUGGAACAAUAUCGCGCCAGCCGAAGUGCGGAGGAUGAGCCGGCUCGAAGCGUACCUCUUCGAGUGGUCAACGGGGAGCCAUCUGACACGCGGUCUCCUGAAAAUUGA